UUACACAUUAACCGCUAGAUGGUGACAUCGCUUCCUAAAUGAAACCCAGGUCUACAAACAAAUAUAUAUAUUUAAAUUUAAAACAUUUGUUUCCAAAAAACAGAGGACUUCAAGCUUGAUACGACCUGCUUUGCCGUGUAACGUCCACGGUAACACGUCGCGCUCGAGCCUCGAGCACGAGCGCGAACUUUGUUCCUGUCCCGGACAUUUUAUCGAUAAAGUUUGAAUUUGAACCGACACCACAGCUAAAAAGAUGGCGGCUGAUCGGACGCUGCAUGGAGUUCCCCCUUCACUGUCUGCCAAAGUGGUCGGGUCCUUUGCCUAUCUGACUGUGAGGGACAGACUGCCAACCAUCCUGACUAAAGUUAUAGAUACAAUACAUCGCAACAAAAACAAGUUUUUUGAAGAAUAUGGAGAGGAAGGUAUCCAGGCAGAGAAGCAAACAAUAGGUCUGCUGUCUAAGAUGAGGAAUGAGCUGCAAACAGAUAAGCCAGUUCUUGAACUAACAGACGGCCUGCCAGACACAGAGUGCUGGAAUCAGUACCUGCAGAGACAGCAGAAACUGCAAGGAGACCAGGAUUUCGUCAGUUGGUUCAAGUCUCCAUGGCUCUACGUGGAGUGCUACAUGUACCGCAGAGUACAGGAGGCCCUCUGGCUCAAUCCUCCCAUCAGUGACUAUGACGUCUUUAAUGAGGGAAAGACUCAGAGCUUUUUUGAGUCUCAGCAGGCUAUGAUGACCUUAUGUACAUACGUGGAGGGCGUCAACAAAAAUAUGGAGGAACUCUCCAGGAACCAGCUGUUUGAGCAUUUCAACAAACUGCUACAGGUUUCUCUAUGGGGGAACAAGUGUGAUCUGUCCAUCUCUGCUGGCCAAGACAACUCACAAAAGACCAGUCCAAUAGAUUCCCUGAACAGCCUGCAACCCUUCAUCUUGGUGAAUGACACUAAAAUGGUAUGGUCAACUCUCAUAUCAGCUCAGAGGUCUGGAAAAUCUGAGAAAACCACUGCAGUCAGAGUGGACAUUGUUCUUGACAAUUCUGGCUUUGAGUUAUUCACUGACUUGGUCUUAGCAGAUUUCCUGGUUUCCUCCGGACUUGCCCACAAGGUCCAUUUUCAUGGCAAAUCCUUCCCAUGGUUUGUCUCUGAUGUCACAGCUAACGAUUUUCAGUGGACCAUCCAGCAGACCAUGGCGGCCAAUCACAAGUGGAUGUCAAAGUGUGGUGUCCAGUGGAAGAGCCACCUGAAGGAGGGUGUUUGGUCCUAUCAUGAUCAUCCUUUCUGGACACAACCCCAUGAGUUUUGUGACAUGGAGGCUGAUGCUCCUGACCUGUAUGCGACCCUGCAGGGGGCAGACCUGGUUCUGUUUAAGGGCGAUCUCAACUACAGAAAGCUGACUGGGGACAGGGAGUGGGAUCACACAGUGGGCUUCGAUACUGCACUACGAGGUUUUGGGCCUGCACCACUGUGUAGCCUGCGGACUCUCAAAGCCAACGUUCAGGUUGGUCUGCAGCCGGGUCAAGGGGAGAAGCUCAGCUCCCAAGAUCCUGAUUGGAUGACCAGCGGCAAAUAUGCUGUCAUUCAGUUCCACAGCUCAAAGUCAGAACAGAAAGACUGAACUCAGGGUCUCACUGGGAAGAAGUGGAUUCAUAAGAACAUUACUUUAAGAGGUAGCAUAAAAAUGAGUUACCUUUAAGCCAUACGAUCUUUAAGUUACAUAAGGUUGUCUUUGUUCCUCAUUGAUAGUUAGCACUUCAUCAUGUUUGAUACAGAAAUUUACAGUAACAGAAAUAUUUGAGUUAUGUGUUUCUCAUACUUAAAAUGUUAGCACUUUAGAUCUUAAAUGUUUCCCAUGAUUUUGAACACAAUCGUUUACGGUGACAAAAACAUCCUCCGAGGUAACAAAUCAAAGUUGCUUUGUAUGGCAAAUAGCCUAUGUGUUGUGCACACUGUAUUAAGUCAUAAUGUUUACAGUUUAUGUAGAUGCUAUUAACUAUUUUUGAGUAAGAAUUGGGCUUUAUAAAUCUCUGUCCAGCAAUAAAAAAUUUGCAUGCAGUUGAGGAGAGUGCUGAUAAACAUUGUGUAUAUAUAGCUUUUUUUUUUUGUUUGUUUUAACUCAGCUCAGAUUGUUUUAUUGUUGCAUUCAGUGUCAUUGAUAUGCAUGUAUCAAAACAUUCAGACAGCCGUUUAAAUACAGCUUAAGUAGAUCAUAACAUUGUUUGAUAGCCUUUUUGCUCAGUUUGAAAGAUGGUGGACUGUUAUUGGGGCAGUGUAACAAUAACAGUGACAAUGUGUGCUUGUUUUGUUUGAAAUGGCAACCCAGACCUUCAUAGAUCAAAGUGGAUGUUCGCACUGUUAUGUCAUCUAAAUUCUCAUCAUCAGUACCUCGGAGGUGACGUUAACUGGAUUAUUUAACUGGGGGAAUGAUAUCAUUUUCAUUAAUGGGUUUGAUUUAAUAAAGAAAUGCAGAACUGGU